AACCAAGGUGUUUUUCAUUUUCUUUAUAAAUAUUAUUUUCUAUGCCAUGCCAUAUAAGUCGAGUAUAUUCUGAUAUUAAUUCAAAUCUAACAAAGGCUAAGUGCAAACAGAAUGCGGGUAACAAGAAUUUUAUGUAAUUACUUUAAAAGAUAUGUUGAAUAUGAAAUGCGACAAAGCUGUGGAGUAGAUUAUAAAGUUCCCAUUUAUGGAUGGGUCCGCAAAGGAAAAAGGUAUUGGAAAUACAGUCAGUUUCAUCCGUUAUCAGCUCAAGGACAAUUGAUAAAUAAAACAUCGAAAGAAAAUGAUGUAGUGGAACCUAUCAGGGACUGGAAAAUAUUCAGAGGAGAUCGGGUACAAGUGUUAAUAGGUAAAGAUAAAGGAAGACAUGGUCUGGUGAAUUUUAUCAUCAAAGAAAGGAAUUGGUGCUAUGUUGAGGGACUUAAUUGUGAAUAUAAACUUGAAGAGGAAUUUGAAGGCCAACCACUUUUGAAGAAGACAGAGAAGCCUUUACUUGUAACAUCAGAAGUCAGAUUAGUGGAUCCUGCUGAUAAUGAACCAACAGAUAUAGAAUGGAAGUACACAGAGGAUGGUAAAAAAGUACGGGUAUCUGUCAGAUCUGGUCGUAUUUUACCUCUACCAGCUUCUGCUGAAGAUUAUUACGAAGACUUUACUCAAAUCAGUAGUUACAAAGAUGGAGAUAAGGAUACCAAUAAAGAAGAAUUACAAAGAGUAACAUUUCAGCCAUCUUUAAAAUCAUUUGAGGAAGACAUUUUUGAUGGAAUGGGUAUCAAAGAGGAUCGUAAACCUAGAAAGACUUAUUGGUACUGAGUACAAUUGUUCCUCAAAGUCAUUCUAAUUGGAGUGAAUAUAUUACCAACAGUUUUGCCAAAGGAAAGGACGAAAAGUGGAAAAUUAUUGAUGUUGACAAUAAGAAAUAAAAGUUUUAAUUAAACCGUUGUAAUUGUAGUCUUCUGUUUAAAAAGUGAGAAAAAGCGUUGUAAUUGUAGUCUUCUGUUUAAAAAGUGAGAAAAAGCUACAUAUAAGUAUUGCUGUUCUGUUUUAAUUAUAAUUAUUGCUUCCAAGCUUCCUUCCAAUGGUUCAUACCCUCAAUCAAGAUCCAAGGAUUUUAGAAUUAUAGUAUGGUUCACAUGUACAGUCUUGUAAUAUGGUUUGUUUAACAAGAUUGCACUUUGGUAGGACUAAGUAUGCAUGAAAGAAUAUAUCUGUAUGUUAUUGUGUAGUACUGAGGUUCAAAAUGAAAAAGAAUUAUAUGAAACAAUUACAUAAACAGUUAUAAGUUUGAUAUUGGUGAAUAAUUUAAUUUUGGAUGUAACGCCUCUUCUGAUUGGCUGACGUUGUUUUGUUUAUCAGCUCAUAGACAUAAUUUUGUCAUGUGACCGUGACGUCAUCAACGUUUUUUCAUGGUUUACUCCGGUUUAAAAUGGAAUUUAGAAUUAAAUUAUAAGAAAUGACUGUAAUAUUUUUUCUGUCUAUUCGAAAUAACAUAAAAAAUGUGGUGCAGACUUUAAAAUAACCCGCUAUGCGGGUUAUUCAGUGUGCACCACAUUUUUGAUGUUAUUUCUUCAUAGACAGAAAAAAUAUUACAGUCAUUCCUUAAAGGGAUUACAAAAACACUGAGAUAGAAGGAAGAUUGUGGGGUCUGUAUAGGUCUUAAUGAACAAAGCAAAAAGUUGCAGAAGCAUCAAAGGUAAAAGAAUUGACAAAAGUUGCUGAAGUGAGAGUUGUGGCAGAUGCUUCCUCUAUUGUUGCUUGUAUUGAAUUUAGUUAUAUAAGAAAACUAAGUCUACGAAAAAAAUACUUUUCAAGCCAGAUGUAGAAUAUUUGGUGAAUGGAAUGAUUUUAGAUGUACAUGUCCCUCUGGCAGGGUUCAUCUGACCUUAACCUCAUUGUGGUGGUUGGUUCAUUGGUCAACAUUAAGUUUUUGUGAUAAUGUCUGUUUCUUAGAUACUACAAGCAAUAGGUCAACUGUAUUUGGUGUCUGGAAUGAUUGUAAUAAGUACAUGUCUGUUUGGCAGGGUUUAUCUGGCCUUGACCUCAAAUUUCAUUGAUAAUAAGAGGUUUAAUUGAUACCUAUAGUAAAACCCUCAUCUUAAAAACAUUCAACAUAAAUGCAGGCAAGACUUUCAGCGCAUGAACUCUUGUAGCAUUCAAUGAGAAAAAAGAAAAGUUCCACUAAUUGAAAACCAGAAUAAAUUUAUUCAAAUCUGUCCAAAAUAGGAAAUACACAUCUUUAAUAAGUGGGCAAUCACCGUGCAACCUAUUCUCACCUCUUACAUUGCAAUGCAGGUAGCAAUUGUUGAUGCUGCCAGUGGGGGAAACAGCAGGCCUCAAUCUGACUUCUAUUAACUUUCAUCACAGGCUAGACAGAAAUAAAUUUGCACUAAGGAUUGAAAAGAAGGAGGUAUGAUAAGAUGUAAGAAGGUGUGGUAUGAUCACCAAUGAGAUAACUAUCCACCAGAGACCAAAUGAUGUAGAAGUAAGCAACUAUAGGUCACAGUACAGAAUUCAACAAUGAGCAAAACCCAUACAGUAUAGUAAUCUAUAAAAGGUCCCUACAUGACAAAAUUGACAACAAUUCAAACAAAGUACUAACAGCCUGAAUUAUGUACAAACCAUAAACUAAAGAAUAUGAUAGACAGCGACCAACCUUUACCACUGAAUUACAGGCUCCUGACUUGGGACAAGCAUAUACAACCCCUAACUUAGGGCAGUGGUGUAACAGCACAACAUAAUAACAAACUAUACAAAUUAAUUUGAAAAGGCUUGACUCAUUACGUUUGAUUACAAAACAUGUGUAAAGUUAUAGAAAAUCCACAGCCUUUCCCAAUAGUAUCUGCAAAAAAAAAAACAAAGAAGGAUAAAAAUAGUCAUUCAAGGGCAAUAACUCAAAACGGAGAUGAUUGAUAAUUUCAACAUGUUGCAUAUUUGAAGAUCUUAUUUUGUUGAUCAUUUUUGAUUCUUAAAGAUUCUCUUAUCUUCUGUAGUUUUUGCAAAUUUACAAAAAUGGGUAAAAAUCAUCAUUUAAGGGCAAUAACUCUUGUAAAGAGUUGAUCCAUGAUUUAUGAUUUUGGAUAUGUUGACUUCUUUGUAGAUCUUGUCCUGCAGAUCCUUUUUGGUUUUUUUCCAGAUUCCUACUAUCUAUUAUAGUUUUCAAGAUAAUAUCCAACAAUGACAGACAUCAGACGAUGGAUGCCAAGUGAUAAGUUAUCAAAGCUCACCUGGCCCUUUAGGCUAGGUGAGCUAAAAAUGGAAGGAAAAAAAUAUUCAAAAUAACAUGAAAUGUUUAUUUACUGAUAUGCUUUUUCUUAAUCACAUUAAGUACUUGUGAACAGAUAUACAUUAUUGUUGUUCUACAAUAGAUUUUAAAUGCAAUACAUUUUGUAUUACACAAUGUACACUGCAGUACAGAUUGUAUUAUUUUAAAAAUGCAUGAAUGUUUCUAUAUAUAUAUAUAUAUAAAGGAUAUUUGCUGGUUAGAGUUUCAAAAUUACAAUAAAACAAAUAAAAAUUCCAAAAAUCUG